AUGGACCCGCGGGCCAAGGUGAGCUUCCAGCAAGUCCGCGUCGUGCCGUCGGGCUGCAUGCAGCGGCGCGGGCUCGGCAACUUGCACAUUGUGGGCAGCGAUGCCACUGGCGCCUUCUUUGCGUUCGCGUCGACGCUCGCCGUGUACGUGUACGAGGCCUCGACGUUCCGGCUGCACCGCCUCCUCUCGACCAAGGACAACGUGCUGGGCCUUGCGUGGUGCCCAUUCGCUUGCCACAGCGCGUACUUGGCGACCGUUGCAAUGGAAGGCGGCGUCGUGCUCUGGAACGUCACGACCGAGGAGAUUCUCUUCCAAGCGACGUUGCCGACGGCCCACCACGCCAUCUCGCUGCAAUGGCAGCCCCACGACACGUCAACGAUGCAGCUCGCGAUCGCCUGCAGCGACAAGCUCAUCUAUGUGUGGACAGUCGACCUCGAGGCCAGCACCCACAGCAUGGCCCGUCUUCUGCCCAAGCCGACCGAGUCGCCGAUGACCGUGCUGCGAUGGAACCUCCAGACGCGUGGCAUGCUCGCGAUCGGCUUCGAGUCGGGGGCGAUCGGGCUCCACCAUGCUACGCGUCCGGCGUCGCUGACGCUAAUCACGCGCGAGAAGAAGCGAGACAAGAGGGCACUCGCGAUCACCGACAUGACGUGGGACUCCCUCUCGCAUCUGUACCUUCUCGUGGCCUACAAGGACGGCCACAGCGCGCUGUGGGAGAUCAACGAGACGACCGGCACGCAGUUGCACACGUUCGACAAGCAAGGCGCCGGCACGAACGCCAUUGCUUGGCUGCCAUCGGCGCCCGGGCAGUUUGUGACGGCCAACGCGCGCAGCGGUAUCCUCAAGAUUUGGAACGUCUCGCAGCCACAACCGCUGCAGCACGUCCGCGCUCAGUCGUCAGGCAUCCACAAUGUCGCGGUUUUGAGGGACCAUCGCCUUUUGUGCGCAGCGGUCGACGGCUCGGUGGGUGUCUACGACCUCCAGAAGCGCCACCUCGCAUGGGCGAGCCACCCCGGCCACAAGGAGACGAUCUUUGACGUGCGGUACCAGCCCAGCAAUCCAAACGUCUUGGCAACGUGCAGCCACGACAGCAGCGUGCGCAUCUGGGACGUCGAAACCAUGCACUGCCUUCAGCAUCUCCAGGGCCAAGACGGUGUGCUCUACAGCGUCGCGUGGUCGCCGACCCACGCUGCCUUGAUUGCCUCGUCGUCCUCCGUGGGCUCCGUCUUCCUCUGGGACGUUGCCGUCGGUGUGGCCACGGUGCAGAUGCGCCAUCACACGGACGCUGUCUACCGCGUUGCGUGGGACACGGGUGCUGACGGACUCCUCGCAUCCUCCUCCAAAGACAAGACGGUCGUGCUGGCUUUGCCAAGCGGCGUCCUCGUCAAGCGCUACGUGCUGCCAGGCGCUGCGUUUGGCUGCGACUGGAGCCCGCGCGGCGACGGUCUACUCGUCGUCGGCUGCAUGGACCAUGUUGUCCGGAUCUUUGCCACCAAGACGGCGUCGACCGAGCCCCUUCGCGUGCUCGCAGCCCAUGCCGCGCGGGUCUUCCACACGGUGUGGUACGCCGACCCUGCGCGGCUCCUUCUCGCGACGAGCUCGGACGACUGCACGAUCCGCGUCUGGACAUGGCCCGAAGAUGACGCUGCCGACGCCGUCGUGCCGUACAUCACGCUCACGGGGCACACUGGGUUUGUGCGGGCGCUCGUGUGGCACGCCGCCCCCGCGCCACUCUUGCUCAGCGGCAGCUGGGACGCGACGAUCCGCAUCUGGGACAUCCACUCGCGGAGCUGCCGGCUCGUGGUCGUCGAUCACCUCGCCGACGUGUACGGCAUUGCGACCCACCCAUCGACGCCGUGUACCUUUGUGUCGUGCUCCCGAGACUCGACGCUGCGGUUCUGGGGCCUCCGCACGUACGAGUCGGCGACAACGUUGCUGGCCACCGUGCUCUCGACCCCCGACGUGGCCCAAAUCGAAGCCGCGUUCGUCGUUGCGGGGAUGCUGCCCGGCCUCACGAAUUUGUUUGCGCUGCUGCGUCAGAAGAGCACGCGCGAGAUGCGCAUCCAACGCGAAGAGAGCGUCGUCGAGACGUACCUCGAGCACGCUCGGCGCCUCGAGGCGGGUUUGGCCACGUCGCGCCGCCCGAGCAAAACGACGCGGCUCAACAAGGAAGAGCACCUCUUGCAAGCGGCCGCGACCUACCUCAAGGCGGGCAACCUCGUUCGCUAUUGCCGUAUUUUGGCCGACAUGAACCAGUGGGAGAAGGCGCUCGCGGUGGCACCGGGCGUCUCAAUGAGCUUUUGGGACAAGCUCGCGACCGAGUACGCCGAGCACUUGGCCGCGACCGAGAGUGAGGACGCUGCCGUCUACUACGUGGCGACCCGCAACGUUGAGAGCGCCGUCGCUCUGUACCACGGCCGGAAUCAGUUUGAAGACGCGUUCGUCGUCGCCAAGGCAAGCGAGACGAUGGCAGCUGCAGCGUCCGUAUCCUCGCACGACUCGCAACGGCAGCAGGACUGGUCGGCGCUGCGCCAUAGCUCACGUGCAGCGUUGGCAGCCCAGUACGUGGACGCGGGCGACCCGAUUCUUGCCGCGUGUUGUUACCUCUCGGUCCACGACGUGGAGAGUGCGAUAUCCCUCGAGUUGGCGUACGUUCUCUCGACCUAUCUGUCGACGGACGAGUCGCCGCGACAUUUACCCGUCGCGCUUGUGCGCCGCCUCGCCUUCAAGUACGAAGCGCUCGGGGCACUGCCCCUCGUGUUGCAGCUCCUCGGCACGCUCCCGCCUCUCGAAGCCAAGUACGAGGUUCUCUGCCCGCGACUUCUUCAUGCACUGCUCAUGAUGCACUAG